AGAAUAUUGCCUUUCCAAUCAGAGUAGGUUUGCGCACCGGAGUAGACCAGCACGUUCAACCUUUUGGAAAGGAGGACGGGGUUGGUGGCCAUUUUGUAGUAGUGAAGUAGAUGGUUCCUCCGCGUGGCGGGGAAAUUGUUCUAAGUACGAAUCAAUUUGUUUUAUAUCGAUCUCCGGCCACAGAACCUCCACAGUCUUUACUUCUCUCCAACCACAGCAAAAGAAACUUCCUCGCAAUGUCCAAAUCAGAGAACAAUCCGCCGGUAACGCAGACAGUGGACGAUGAUGAACCUGAUGAAUGGGACAAGCGGAUCUUCAGCACCGGAUGCGCAGCGGAGCAGCUGAAGAUGAACGAUUGCUACUACGAGAAGAGAGACUGGCGAGCAUGUAAAAAAGAAAUGGAGGCGUUCCGGGAAUGCUGGAAACGCCAUGGCAAUGAGCAGCGAACGGAGUCAAAAGACUCUUGACUGGAGGGAAAGGAUAGGCGUAAUUGGAUCUGUGUAAAAGGAAAUCCCCCACUCUGUGUAUUAUCUCUCUAUGUAUAUUACUAUUAUAUUCUGGUUUCCCGUCUUUCAAUUGAUGUUUUCUGUCAUAGAAAUCUAAAUAUUUAACGCUUUUAAUAAAUAUUUAAA